AUGGCAGCUACAUAUCAAAAUCCUCUGCGUUCAAUCAGACAUCCAACAACUCAAAAGUCUCGAGUAAAAAAACCUAUCUCACAACAGCAUCCUUCUACAAUAAAGAACAAUCCUAAUAGCAUUAAAAUACGAUUUGGAAAUAAUUCAUCACAAAAUUCAAUGUAUAAACCAACAUCAAUAUUAAAGAAAAAAACGCUGCAACAACAACCAUCAUAUAUUGAUCGUUUCAAUGAAAAUACUCUUAAUUGGCAUCAACCCACUGAUCUUGAAUUAUUUCAAUCGAGACCAUUUUAUAGUCCAAUUCUCACACCACCAAGGUUAAUAACACCACCUGGUAUUGAACCUUAUCGAAAUAAUUACAAUUUACGUCGACUUAACAGUCCAUUGCCAGCACUUGAUGAUUUAUAUGUUCCUCCAGUUGGUCUUGACAGUUGGGGACUUAAUCCAACUGAUUAUCGUUUAACUUCAAAUCCUAAUUUAAUUCGACGAUAUCCAUCACCUUUAUCUCAUUAUGGUUUAGGUAGUGGACUUCAACGACAAAAGAAGUCAUAUAUUGUGGUACCUCAUCUAAGUAAUCUCUUAUCUCCGCCUGUGAGUAGUAUUCGUGGUGGUAAUUCCACAUUGCCAUUACGUCGCAUAGCACCAGUCUAUGAUCCAAUUUCACACUAUGAGAUGUCUGACUAUGCAUCUUUACCACGAAAUGAAGCAUUGGCUAAUCAUUAUAUAGAUGAGUUUAUUGGCAGAUGUAUUGAAGAUGAAUUUAUACCAGAUAUUUUACUUGAAGUCUUUAGUGAACUUGAUCAAGAAAAAAAACAAGAUGAUAUAUCUUAUAGAUCACAAAUUGAACAAUAUUAUUUAGAUCUAAAUAGACGUAUGAAUCAAGAACAAACAUAUGAUCAUUUAUUGUCUGACGAUUGGAUACGUGACCUUGAUUAUCAACAUUCACAUAUUCCUACAUCUAAUAUCGAUUCAAAUUCGUCUUUAUUGAGACCAUUACAUCUUCAAGAGGUUCCAUCUCUACAAACAACUAAUCAAGUAAGAUAUCAUGAUUUACCACCUGAUGUACAAGGGCGUUUAUUAGCAACUGUUAGUCAAGAAUUAGUUGAUUUUGAAAUAGAAAGUAUGUUACGAGAAUUAAGUAGUCAAACUUUAAAUGAUCGACCUCGUAGGGUUCCAAUUAUGGAUGAUACUACUUAUAAUAUUUAUAAUACAAGCAGACAACAAGUUGAUCCAGUUCAAUAUAAUGCAAUUGAAAACCAUGUACAAAAUAAAUUAUUAGAUACAAUAUGUUUAAAUCAAUUAAUUAUAAAAUAUUUAAAACAAAAUGGUUCAAUUGCUGAUGUUGAUGAUCUUUCACGUUUAUUAGAUGCAACUAUUCUUCAUAAUUUAAUUAAUCAAUAUCAAGAGAUAGAUGAAAAUCGUUCAAGAACAUUAGAUAAUUAUGCAUCAAGAAAAUUUCAUAUCAAUUCAUUUAUGAAUGUUGUAAGUGAAUAA